CCAGCAACCUUCCAAUUACAAGGCGAACUCCCAACUCUUGAGCCACAAUCGCCCACACCGGGGCAACUAAAUAGCCAUCUCUUUAUAUCUGCAGACUUUCCCAUUGGUUGGCUUUUAUCUAUAAAUCUCUGCUUGGACUGGUGCCUUCUUAUCUGCGUUUCUAUAUGUGUAAAAACCUCAACUUCAACCAAUACGUCAUACACUCUUACAGUAAUAUAAAAAUGUUUGUCCCCAAAUUUAGAACAGAAUAUUGCACAGACAAGUGCAAUAUUUUGCACUUGUCUGUGCAAAAUAUUGUAUUUGUUUCUUUGUUACAUGUUUAUGUGUUGUACUGGUUGUAAUUUCCUGUGCUCUCAUGGUCUCUCUUGGCAAAGAGAUUUUGAUCUCAAUUGGACUUUUGCCCAGAUAAAUAAAUGAUAAUGAAGUUAAAUAUAAAUAUAAAUAAAAGUAGCAGAACAAUCUAAUCUAAAAAAAAAGUUUGAUUAACAAUAAAAGUAUUUAAAUAUUUGGAGCCUAAGGCCAGAUUUAGUUGGAAGGAUGCUCUCUGUACACCCUCUGCCUCCCAGCUGAGGGACAGCUGCAUCUUUAGGACAUCACUGCGUCAUCAGAGCACUCUUCCUCCAGAAUGAUCUUUACUUGUUCCAGACCGAUCUCGGCCUUUCUCAUCCACAUGAUUCAGCGGUCAUCCCCGCCUCUCCCUUCUCCUUCCAACAGGGAUUGCCCCCACCAAUCACCGGAGUAGGCAAGGGAUUAGCUCCUCAGAUUAAAGUGGCCAUCUCCAAACCCUGUCUAAUCCUACCAUCUGUCAGAGAGCAGCAAACUAGCCAAGACUCUUGCCACUAGGCUAAUCAGAAAGUCAAAAUAACACAGCUAGAGGGAGAAAGACAUUUCGAAAACACACUUUUCUGUUUCCCAGUGUGGCAAUGGAGGAGACAUACCUUCUCAACUAUCCAGGUGUCAGGAAGAAAAUUCUGGCAGGAGGCAGUGGACCGUUACCUCACUUUCCACCUGGGACAAAGCUGGUUUUCCACUUCCAGACACUGUUGGACAACUUCGAGAGGACAGUCAUUGAUGACAGCCGACUAGCUGGCAGACCGGCAGAGAUCUUUGUCGGAAAGAUGUUUAAGAUGGAAGUCUGGGAGACCCUGUUGACGUCCAUGCGUGUUGGAGAGGUGGCUGAGUUCUGGUGUGAUGCCAUUCACACAGGCUUGUACCCCAUUGUGUCCAAGGGAAUGAGACUGAUCGCUCAAGGGAAAGACCCUCUGGAGGGUCAGAGACACAUGUGCGGAAUGGGAAACCUGUUCCACUAUCACUCCACGGGUUUCCCGGAGCUGGAUGAGCUGAUGCGGACUCCUCAGCCGCUCAUAUUUAUUAUGGAGCUGCUGCAGGUAGGAGACCCCAUGUCCUACCACAGAGAGUCGUGGAUGAUGGAAAAGGAUGAAAAGCUGCAGACAGUGCCAGUUCUCCACAUGCAGGGCAAUGCUCUGGUCCAACAGAAGAAAUACAGAGAUGCUGCCAGCAAGUACAAAGAAGCUGUCCUGCUGCUAAAAACUGUCCAGUCUAGGGAGAUGCCAGGUGAUAUAGACUACAUUAACCUAGGUCGAAUGAUUGUCCCCCUGGAGCUGAACUACUGCCAGUGUAUGCUGGAGCUGGAGGAGUACUAUGAAGUCAUAGAGCACAUGGAUGAGCUGCUGCAGAAACACAAAGACUGUGUCAAAGGCUACUACAAAAGAGCCAAAGCCCACGCUGCUGUGUGGAAUGAAAAGGAGGCCCGGAGAGACUUCAACAUGGUGGCUCAACUUGACAUCACUUUGGCGUCCCUCAUCCAUCGAGAGCUGAAGGCCCUGUCGGAGCGCAUGAAGGAGAAAUAUUGGGAGGAGAAGGAGCAAUACUGGAACAAGCUAGAGAAAAAUGAAAACACAAAAGAAGUGGGGGAGGCAGAGAGGAAUGAUGAUGAGGAGGAGAAGCAGACAGGAGAGAUAGAAGAGGGAAAACAAGAACAUCUCGAAAGUGUGACAACAGCGGCAAAUGAUAAAGUGGGAGAUGGUUCCGAAGAAUCUCCCCCUGAAUAUGCAGAAGUUCACAAAGAGAACCUCGGGGAAAAUAAGGUUGCACUGACUGAGGGAACAGUUACCAAAGAAGAAGCAGUGAAUUUAAACACUUGCAAUAAAACAGAAGGCAAGGACUGGCAGCAGAUGUUACGACUGGUCAUGUUGCUGCAGAAUGAGGGAAAUUUCCUCAUUAAAGAGAACCACUUUCAAGAAGCUUCUGGAAAGUUCAAGGAGGCUAUAGAAUAUGUGGACUGCCUUCAAAAUAAAGUGGAUCAACAGGGUGAGGACUGGGAUUCGCUGGAGAAAGUGCGUCUUCCUUUGACUCUUAAUUUCAGCCAGUGCAUGCUGGAGCUAAAACAAUACCAGCAAGUUGUGGAGCUCAACACCAAGCUGCUGAAGAAACACAAAGGUAAUUUCAAGGCAGUGUACCAGAGGGCUCGGGCUCAUGCUGCUUUGUGCAAUGAGGAUGAAGCUCGAAGAGACUUUGAUACGGUGGAGAAACUGGACCAGAAGUUUAAACCCUUUGUGCAGCAGGAACUGAGGAAGCUGGGCCAGAGCAUGCGUUCUAUGCAUGCCAGUCAGAACAAGACUUACUGGGAUACAACACAGGAGAAGUGGGGGCCUGGUGGGACCAAGCCCACGAGUGCAGCCAGAAAGAAGAACGUCAAAUUUCCUCCAAAAGCCACAGAAGGAAAAGCUAAAGCAGAUAUUAAUGUAGAUAAGAAGACUGAAGACACUAAGAGCCAGGAGAUGGAAAGCUCAGAGAAAUGCACCCCUGUCGAGACAGAGGGGGUGGAUGGUGCAGAAACAGGGAAAAAUCCAGAUGUGAAAGCAGAGCAGGGUAAUAAAGAGCCAGAGCGUGGGAGAGCGAGUGGAGAGGGGUUAGAUAAUGAAAGUAUAGAGAAGGCCGUGGUUCAUGAAGCUGGGCUGGGUGUACCAGAUAAUCAAGCAAUAGAUAAAGAUAGAGAUCCUGCGCCCGCCAGCUCCGGCAAAGAUAAUGCAGCGAGCAAGAGAUCAGUGCGCGAUAAGGCGAGAAAGAAGGUAAAAUGUCAAUCAAGUGCUGCACCACAGCCAAAGAGAACAAACUCAGGGAACAAAGCCAACAGGGCUAAAACAGAAAAGGGUGGCACUGCAUCAGAAUAGACCAAUGAGCCGUUUUUUCUGCGCUGAAGCAAAGGUUUAAGGUAGAAGUCGAGGGCAGACUGAAUAACAGAGUCAGAAAAAAAAUGACAAGCACACAAGCCUCACAAUGGGACAUACACAAAUCCAAAUAUAAACACAAAAAGAAAAAUUAAUAUAAAACAGCCUGUAUUUGGCACCAUUCUGAGUUAACU